AUAACCCAUAUUUAGGGAGUUGAUAGUCUUUGUUCCUUGGCAAUUAAGAGUGACAAAGGGGUCGAUAUAGUUUCUAUUGGAGAAGUGUAUGUUGGGAUGGAAGGAGAAGUUGUCAAGCAUCAUUUCAAGCCUGUCCCAAGUGGUCAUUAUCGAGUUUGUGUUAAAGAAGAAAUCAACCCAAAUGCACCUCUGCCAUGUCCUGAAGGGGAGAUAAGAUUCAUUUGUCAAACUUUAAAUUAUUAUUUAAUAUGGCCUUCUCACUUGGUUUUUCCUAUAAAGAAGGCUGAUAAGCAAGUCCCUACAGAAAUCGCUGCACCAUCUCCACACUCGCCAUCAUCACAAUCAUCAUGCACUCGAAAGUACACAAUAACUCAUGCUGAUAAGUUGAAGUUGACUUCUAAUUUGGUUCGAGUAUUUAAGGAUGUGGCUAUUGCAAUGAAAACGAGCGAUAAAACCAAAUCUUUUACAGUUUUGGCUAGAAUGUUUCAAAAUGAGCAAUGUGUUACCCUUGAUUAUGAAGACAUGCUUGACUGGUGCUUCCAAAGAGAGAUAAAAUUGUCACACAUGUCAAUUUUAAUGAUGUAA